AAAAGACUCAAAAAAGGAAAUACAUCAAAUUAAACAACUAACAAACCUCCAAAAGCCCCAAACUCGCACGCCCUACAACUCACUCCGACGACCCCAAGUCUCCUAUGGCUCCGCGGUCAUCGGUCCGGUGGACUAAAUCCCGGGCCCCCAACCGCCGCCUCUGGCUCCUCCUCUCCCUUCCGCUUCUCGCCCUCGCAUCCCUCCACGCCGCCGCCGCCAUACUCCGUGGCGCCAACGCCCUCGGCAGGCGGUGUGCCCUGGCCGGCGCCGAAUAUUCCGCCACCUCUCCGCCACAUCCCCGCCCGCGGAUCGCGAUGGUAAGCUUCUCGGCGGAGGAGAAUAGUGGCGGUGGCGGCGGGCGGCGGUCGUUCCGAGGGGUGAUGGACGCGGUCGGGGGGAAUAAGCGAGCGUACACAGAGAGGAUGGGGUACGACUUCAUCGACGCAAGACGUCUGGUCGAUCCCAACCGUCCGCCCAACUGGAGCAAGAUCCUUGCCGUCCGGUCGCACCUCCGCCACUACGAUUGGCUCUUCUGGAACGACGCCGACACGGUGGUGACGAAUCCGGAUAUAUCGCUGGAAAGUAUUCUGAAUGUGGCGAUCGGGUACAGUGGUCUCCAGGCUUCUCCUGACUUGGUGGUAACUGAGGAUUUCAAUGGGGUUAAUUCAGGAGUCUUCUUCUUCCGGCGAUCAGAGUGGAGUGAGAAGUUUCUGGACACAUGGUGGAAUCAGACAUCGUUUGUGCGCUUUGGCUCAACGUUAAGUGGCGACAACGCUGCAAUGAAGCACCUAAUUGAUAGCCUUCCAUCCAAGGAACUGGGAGACCAUGUCCGGGUAUCACCAAUGCAGUGCCUCUUCAACUCCUAUCCCUGGUUUCCCACUUGGAAGAAUGCCUACCGUCUAAUCUCCUCCCCUUUAACAACUUGGAGAGGGGCCUACUCUGAUGGGGACUUUAUGGUGCACCUCGCAGGCUUGGAUGAGAAGAAGAAAUGGAUAGCCAAGAUACUGAGGGAAUUGAGAGAAGCUGGAAGGUGAUUAAAUUUGGACAGAAUCAUAGAAGGCAGCUUUUGCGCCGAGAUCUCCGGACUCGGUUCAGAACAUAAACCAUUUUUCUUUCAACCAUUCAUCGAGCAAUCAUAACGAUCAAACCCUGUCAUUCUGCUGAUGCUGUAUCCUCUUGUAUAACUACUUUGUAUGACUGUAUCUAUACCAUUACAUAAUGUAAAAGCUACGUCUAGCUUUACAUGGCAACCAAAUUCAUUCUAUCUCAUUUUAGGUGCAAAGAAAAUUUCAUCACUUAGGUGAAA